AGGUUUUACCCUUAUCGUGUGCUAAGGUAGUUUUUUCCCCCCUUUUUUCAUCUUAGAAAUAGAGUGGAAAUAAACUGCACGGAAACGUCGCAUUUGAUGGCCAGGUCAAUUGCAAUGCAACCCAGGGCACUCUGAAGGACAACAAUGGAAAAUGAUCCUGAGCAAAACUACGAAGCUGAAAUCAAAUGUCUAGAAGAAGAAAUUGCUAUGUUACAGGAGCAACAGGAAAGCAACGAAAGAGAAUUUGCGUUACGCCUCAGAGGAAACAUUACAAAAGCUUUAGGGUCCAUGAAAGAUAACAGAGACGAGAGACAAGGGGAAAAGAAACCUGAGGCAAUUGCAAAUCUGAAGGAUGAGCUUGAGGGUCUGGAAGAGGACCUUAUGCGCCAGUCCAGAAUAAACCGUCUUGUGCUGACUGAGUGUGCAAUGAAGAUACUGGAAAAAAGUGAGAAGAAAGUUAUACAGCAGUACAGAAUUUCAGGUCAUUGCAGUGUCUUGGCUUUUCAAGUUGAAUUUGUGCUGACAGAUGUUCAGGAUGCCACUAGCAGUAGAAUCGUUACUGGUCUCAGCAUUGUCAUGGAUGGCAGUGAGUUUAAUGAUAUGAGUGCAUUUAUUUCCAGAGUGGAGGAUGACAACAGCCUUUUACUUUUCUUCAGGACCCUAAGACAGUUCUCAGAAUGGUGCGAGCACAGAAAAAAAACAUUUUUAUACUUCAAGGAUAAAUACCCCAGUAUGGUCAGUCUUCCUGAAGGCUGCAGAUCCAAGCUAAUGGCGAUUGAGAAUCCAAAACUACCAGGAUGCAGGUUAAAUAUUGUUUGGACUGUUGAAGUGAACGAAGAAGGAGUUGUUACUCCCAAGAUAAAUCUUUUGACCAAAAUGCCAGAACAAGCUCUGAAACUGGACAAGGAGAAGGUAGCAGAAAAUGCACCCCACAGUUUUCAAAGCCUGCUGUGCUUACUUGGAGUUGAAGCUGCAAUUGAAGGUUUAAUAAAAUCAAUGUGCACAGACUAGGCUUUCACGGCAGCUUUAAAAAAAAAUGGGUCAUAAGGUCAAAAUAUAUUUCUAGUUAAAUAACAGCACAUGCUCUCUUUUUAUUAUUUUAUUCAAUAUAAACACCUCUGUACAAUCCCCAUCAAGAAAUAUUUGUCAAAUGUAAUGCCUGAUGUACAUAUGCCUCCAUGGUAUAUAUGCCCUGAAAAAUAAAUAGUAUUUAAAUAUAAAAUGCCAAAAAUCAUUAACGUAAAGACCACAACUCUGAAUUAUCUUUUACACUUCGCUGUUUCUUUUGUAUUAAAGGUACCAGAGUGGUUCUAUUUGUGUUCUUUCAGAAAAGAAUGAGUGUUAUAUUCCUACUUCAAAAGCGAUAAUUCAAGUUAACAGAAAACAAUCAGUUUUCUUUUUUCACAGCUCCCUAGAAAAAUACAGUAGAACUCUGUUACCAUUAGCUUCCAGACAUUUAAAAUUGUUGGAUACCAGCUGACACAGAUAUAAUUACGUCUACUAAUGUUUUCUCGAUGGGUUUAGUUCUACAUGCUUAUACACAAUAGUAUUGGCACCCAAUAGUAUUCCAAACAAUGUUCUGUUUAAUGCCUUUAGUCUGAACAGAGAUCAGUGGAGUUGCAGACUUGUGUAUUGGCACCCCCUGUCUGAAAACGAGUUACUUCACCUGUAAUUUUUAUCAACACUCAAGUGGAUAAAUCUGUAGUCAAACUUUGCAAAAGUUGCAUUAAAAUUAACAUGUACAAUUUUAAUAACCCUUUACUUUUACAUUUCUAAAUAAUUGGGAUAACAGUUUCAAAUGAAGGGCGUCAACACUGUUGUCUGCAACUGUGUAACUGUGUAAGUCAACUGGAUUCAGUACCACGAGACUAAUGGUCUGAAAAGAUUUAAACUAAAUCUGCAUAACUUGUCCUUUGGUAAGAAAUUAAUUGUUGUAGCCAUUUAUAUUAACAUACUGGACCACCCACUAAAAUAACUUUGGUUUAAAUAUUAGGUAACAUUUCAAAAAUAAUUCUCACAAAAAGCAAUUAUCCAUUUUUGCUUGUUAUAAUAGAGUUUGACUUUGUUUUAAAUGCAGGUCUUGGUCUAGCAGAAACAAAAUGAAGAAUGAUGUUACCCUUUUAAUAUUAAGGACGGGUUUAAAAAGAGAACCUAUACACUUUUUUUGUACAGUAAAAUUCCCAGCUAUAGGAUUUUAUAGGCAAAUGUAUUGAAUUGUGUUUUUAAUGUAACAUAUUGCUGCUUAAGUAAAAUGUUUUUUUUUUAAAUAUGGAAUCACCAAUCAUUUCUUUUUAUACACCUCCCUCACAGUAGAGUUGGAUUUGUCAACUGUAAAUGUGGUUUUACUACAACAAUAUUGUUGUAAAACACUCUGAAGAUACAAUUCUCACCUACUCUUUGGACUGUACAGGAUUCAACCUCAACCCCUCAUGAGGACUCAUUCACAUGAGACACCGCUCAUCCUUUUGAUUCACAUGCAUCUAGUCCGAACUCUGCAAAGUACAAUACCGCUUUGACACCUUGCAAAGGAGAAACUGGGUGAACUUAGCAAAAUAAUGAUGUCCCCGCAAAUUUAAACAGCUCAGGAGCUGUCCUCAAAUUCCAAAUCUGAUGUCCAAGCAUGUGUUGUAAACAGUCAUCGUUGGUGUAAUUGUAGACACACUUCACUUAACACUGGUAUUGAGAUAACUACUUCUACUAAACCAUUUAAAUCACUUUUUACAGUGAUGUAGCUCUCAAACAAUAGGGCUACAAACCUGUGAGUAUAAAAUUAGCUGAAUGACCAUUCUGUUUUAACUGCUUUUAAUUAUAUCACAAAUAAAUAACUAGGUUUCUUUCAACUGACAAGACACUAUCCAUAGUGGCACAAUGAAGUGGAGGCAGAUACUAAAAUUAGCAGCACAACUUGAGGAUUUUUUAAAUGUUUUUGCCACUAGAAAAAAAAAA